CUUAAAUAUUUAAACAUUGGUUAUAAAAUAAUUCGAAUUUUUACCAUAUACUCACACUUCAUUUGGAUUUUAUAUUACAUGUAAUUUCACAAUUAAAUGGAUAACCGGAUGAAGGCGCUAGAAGAAAUCAUUUACCUAAGUUUUUAUUAUAUUUUCGUCCCUUGGAUUCAUUUGUAAUUUUGAGUGUCAAAACUUAAAAAUUCAAACUUCCCCCCAAUUUUCUUCUUAUUAAUCUGAAAAGAAAAAUUUCUAGUCUGACUAUCUGAAAAUUCACAUCAGUAAGAGAGAGCUAAAAUGGAGAUAAAAGACGAGGCUGUAAGAUUGGAACUAUGGCGUCGCUGUGCAAAAGCUGCUAUUCUGAUUUACUCUCUUAAAUCUUCUCCUAAUCGCCACUUCAAUUCCUCAAUCGAUCGUGAAAAUGAGGUGGAGAAGGAUUUGCUUGUGAAAGAAAUCAGAGAUUUGAAGAUGAAAUUGGCGAUUGAGAGAAUUAAGAAGAAUAGGAUCAAGCUUUGCAGCUUAACGGAGGUGAUGAUUCAGAUGACGAUCUUGCUGUCGUUUUGCACUCUAUUUUUGGUGCUUGUUUUCCAGUCGUGAUCGAUGUUUUUCAAAUGAUUCUAUUUCUGUUUAACCUAGCUAUUGUUCAUUCGGAAGAUUGAUGUUGAAAUAUGAAGUUUGAAAGCAAAAAGAAAAUUACAGAUCCAUUUUUUCCUGCUGAUGAUUUGACUAGACUCGUGACUCCUGUGAAAAUUGUUAAAGGACGUUGCUGUAAUUCUACUGCACAUUUGCUUACAGUAAUGAUCUUUUUUUCCCUUGAUUA